CCAUGGGGUGUACGGAGAGAGCCCCUGAAAUUAUAUAGGUAACUCUAUUUCAUGUUGACUGUGUUGCGGGUAGUUAAAGUGAUUUGUUAUCAGCAAGGUAACCUCGUGAUUUGCUGGGAGUGUGGUUCUGGUAGUUAGUGUGGGAGGGAGGGAGAAACGUAUGUCUAGGCUCCAGAAGACAGUUAUCAGCACAGUCCUGAGCUAUACGUCGCUGUUGACACUCGCCCUUGUCCUUUCGCGGGACCUCCCUUAAAGUUGCAAGAGUUUGGAACCAUCACCCCCCCUCCCCUUUUCGGGAAGCAUGUCAGGCUCGGGGAGAAAGGACUUCGAUGUGAAGCACAUGCUGCGUCUCCGCUGGAAGUUGUUCAGCCACCCGUCACCCAGCCCGGCCGGCGGUGGCGGCUAUCUGCAAUCGCAGGAAGGCUAUGAGAACUGGGGCAACAGUCAGGGCCGGCUCAAAAACCACAGCCAGGACCGGGCGAGUUUCUGGAAGAAAAGCAAUGGCAUUCUGCUGCCGGCGCCGUGCAGGGCCAGGACGGUGGAAAGCCAAACUCAGCAGCGUGCCGUCUUCUACAUGGAGACACUGGAAGAGGUCCCGAGCCUGGAGUUCACCAGGGAGAGCAAGCCGUCGCUGGAGGAAGUGAACGAAGAACUGGCCACCACCGAUUGCUGCGAAGGAGCCGAGGACGGAUGCCUGCACAGGUUGUCAGUAUCCAGCCAUCCACUGAUGCCACACUGCGAUAUGGAAGCUGGCAGCUCUGAGGAGCUCUUCCAGUCCGUGAAUCACGCAGAGCAGACAUUUCACAAGAUGGAGCUCUACCUCAAGCAACACCAGCUGUGUGAUGUCAUCCUGAUUGCUGGAAAUCGGAAAAUUCCUGCUCAUAGACUCGUUCUUAGUGCUGUUUCAGACUAUUUUGCUGCCAUGUUCACAAGUGAUGUUUGUGAAGCAAAACAAGAGGAAAUCAAAAUGGAGGGGAUAGAUCCCACUGCACUCUGGGAUCUCGUCCAAUUUGCUUACACAGGCUGCCUUGAGUUGAAGGAGGAGACAAUCGAGAAUCUCCUUGCGGCUGCCUGUCUACUCCAGCUCUCCCAGGUUGUGGAGGUGUGUUGUCAUUUUCUGAUGAAGUUGCUCCAUCCGUCAAACUGCUUGGGUAUCCGUGCAUUUGCUGAUGCUCAAGGCUGCACUGAGUUAAUGAAGGUGGCUCACAACUACACAAUGGAGCACAUUAUGGAAGUGAUCAGAAAUCAGGAAUUUCUGCUGCUGCCUACGGAUGACAUUCUUAAACUUCUAGUAAGUGACGACGUGAAUGUUCCUGACGAAGAGACAAUAUUCCAUGCCCUGAUGAUGUGGGUGAAAUACGAUGUGCAAAGGAGAUGUCGAGAUUUGGCAACACUGCUGGCAUACAUCAGGUUGCCAUUGCUCCCACCUCAGCUUCUGGCUGACCUAGAAAACAAUGUUCUUUUCAAAGAUGACCUUGAGUGCCAAAAGCUUAUAUUGGAAGCCAUGAAGUAUCAUCUGUUGCCAGAACGAAGGCCUCUAAUGCAGAGUCCAAGGACUAGGCCUCGGAAGUCUACAGUAGGAGCUCUGUAUGCAGUUGGAGGAAUGGAUGCAAAUAAAGGUGCCACUACAAUAGAAAAAUAUGACCUGCGAACAAAUACUUGGACCCAAGCUGGGGUGAUGAAUGGCAGGAGACUGCAAUUUGGAGUAGCUGUCAUUGAUGAUAAACUUUACGUGGUUGGAGGCAGAGAUGGCCUGAAGACUUUAAGCACUGUGGAAUGUUACAACCCCAAAACAAAGACUUGGACUGUCUUGCCUUCUAUGUCAACUCAUAGACAUGGACUCGGUGUUGCUGUGUUAGAAGGACCAAUGUAUGCAGUAGGUGGCCAUGAUGGCUGGAGUUACCUAAAUACUGUGGAACGGUGGGAUCCACAAGCCUGCCAGUGGACCUUUGUGGCCAACAUGUCUGUUGCUCGAAGCACAGUGGGAGUGGCAGCAUUAAAUGGCAAGUUGUAUGCUGUAGGGGGUCGAGAUGGAAGUGCUUGCCUCAAAUCUAUUGAGUGCUAUGAUCCACACACCAAUAAAUGGAGUAUGUGUACACCCAUGUCCAAGAGAAGAGGAGGCGUGGGUGUGGCAACAUGCGAUGGUUUUCUUUAUGCAGUUGGAGGCCAUGAUGCUCCUGCUUCAAACCACUGCUCUCGGCUUUCGGACUGUGUAGAGAGAUAUGAUCCUAAGACUGAUACUUGGACAAUGAUAGCUCCAGUGAGUGUCCCCCGUGAUGCAGUUGGAGUCUGUCUGCUUGGAGAUCGGCUAUAUGCAGUUGGCGGAUAUGAUGGACAAACUUAUCUAAACACGAUGGAAUCCUAUGAUCCUCAGACCAAUGAAUGGACACAGGCAGCAUCUCUGAACAUUGGACGAGCUGGAGCCUGUGUUGUAGUUGUCAAGAUAUGAAGUCACAGUCAUUGCAUGAAGCAACCUCUUCUAUUGCUUUGAACUGGUACUUGUAACUUGUAUCUGCAUCCUACAUUCUCACCAGCAAUCCAUGGGCCUCCCUGCAGGUUCCAAGGUGCUCCUGUUUACUACCACGAAGCAUCAGUUUGAUUGAAACAAUUUGAGACUGCUGGAAAAAAGAAGUCUGAAACAAUUGUGGACCAACCUAAAUUCUCUGUAACAAUCGGGAUAAUCAACGCAAACCCAGAGAAUGUUUUCAACAAAACAUUUUUUCAACAAUAAUAAGGUUGAGUCUUUAGGAUCACCAGUGCAUCUGCAUAUCACCUUGAGCACUUAAGUCAGAAAACUCUAAAAUCGGUGUUUGAAAUCUAAUGGAUUUAGUCAAACGCAGGGAAAUUAAAACAUUUGGAUUGGGAAGUGAAAAAGAUCACACCUCGUCCUCAAAAACAGACUUUUGUAAAGAAUUGUCUUGUAAACAUUCCAAAUGAGACUUGCAUCACCAAAAAAAUUCUCAAAGCAAGCACAUGAUAAGUUUCAGUAAGUUUCUCAGUGACACAGUGAAUAGAUAAAUGGAAUCAGUAAUUUAGUAGGUAAGGUAUCUAUUCACUGUCCUUGGUAUUUUUGGUUUACUUGAAGUAUAUUGUACAAUGAAGGCAUGAAAUAUAGCACCCAGAGCUGGUGAAACAUUGCUUUAAAUUUCGUCCAUCGCCUUAUCUUUCAACACAGACUUACUCUUAAAGAUUAAUCGCAAUGUAAUCCAUUGUAACUUUCAGUGAUCAAACUGUUCUGUGAUUGA